GGCGCCCCCUCUCGGGCGGCGUGCCCGCGGGUGCUGCUGCGCGCCACCCACGCCAUCGCGUCCAGCGAGGGCAUCUGGCAGGAACUCUAUUUCGCCCUUCGGGACAAGGACACUUUGGAGGUCAUGGGCCUGACAGCAGGGGGUGGCAAGAAACUUUUCAAGCGCAUGAAGGAUGGCGACAUCGACUUUGUGGACUUCUUGCUUGUGGUCUGGCUCCUCAACGACCUGGGCGGGGACCUGGGCGACGUGCAGCAGCUCGCCGAGGCCCGAGAGUCCCCCCACGGCUCAGGUCUUGCUGGGAAGCUGAAGGGGUACAAGGUCAUCCUGGACGCCAUGACGCCCGAGGAGCGCGCGAACCCCGACCUCUUCGUGCGCGACUGCGAGCGGGCUCCGGAGGCCGCGGCCCGCGUCGAGGAGCGCGGCGGGCUGCCUCCCGGCGCGGUGAGCGAUUUCGCGGAGGAGUUCCGCAGCAUGCGGCUGAUGCUCCACACCCUGGGUGCCUCGCGCGCCAUAUGACCAGCCAGAUGAUCCUCGAGCGCGCCCGCGACACCGGGAUGGGCAGCAACCGCAGGGCGCGGCGCAAGGUGCUCAGAACCGCGGGGGGGCCGGGCGGGAAGCGGCCCGAGUGGAUGGACGUGUAGCGCCCCGCGUGGCCGGCACCAGAAAGGUUUCAGCUGCGACCUCUUUCUUCUCCUCUCGCUUCGUCCAUUUUCCUCUCGGCCGCCCCCCCCCCCCGCCUCUUUGCCCGUUGGCCAAUUCGCUAAUUAGUGCCCCGUUUCUAGCUUCUCGCUGGAGCGGAGUUCGCCGCCUCGCCGCUGAC